AUGAGCCUCAGUGGAAACGCAGCAGCAUUUCUUCUUUUAUUAUGUGCGGCUUUCUCGUCCUGGAGACUCAGCCAUGGAGGCAAGAUUUUGAUCGUUCCUUUUGAGGGGAGCCACUGGGUGAACAUGGACGUCAUGAUCAAGGCUCUCCACUCUCAAGGGCAUUCUAUCGAUGUGGUACGAACCAACAAAAGCUGGUACAUCAAGGACGGCGCUGCACACUACCAGACAAUCACAGUUCCUGUCACUGAAGCCUUUAAUCACGAUUUUAUAAACCCCAUUGUGAGAAACAUAAUUGCCAUAGAAAGGGGGGAAAACUCUUUUAUGAGCUUUGUGAGUUUGCAGUUUGAAAUGUUUGAUUCAAUGUCUGACAUGCAUGACAUGACGUGUAAAAUGGCUACGAACAUGUUGAAGGAUAAAGAGUUGAUGGAUAGUUUAAAGGCACAUAAGUAUGACUUGGUCCUUACUGACCCAGCUUGGGGUGUAGGUAUAAUGGUGGCUCAUGCUCUUCAGCUUCCUCUGGUCUAUAAUGUGCGAUGGGUAACUAGUGGAGAGGGACACUUGGCUAUUGCACCUUCUCCUUUGUCUUACAUCCCAACAACCGGCUCAGGACUCACAGACAAAAUGACUUUCAUACAGAGAGUGAAAAAUGUAUUGUUCUCCAUCAUUUGGAGAGCUCAGGACAUAUUUUUAAUCCGUCCGCAGUAUCAAGCUGUUUGUGAUCAGUUCUUUGGCCCAGAAGUUAAAUAUAGUGAGUUAUUACAGGGAGCAGACCUGUGGCUCAUGAGAGUGGACUUUGUGUUUGAGUUCCCUCGUCCCACAAUGCCAAAUGUUAUCUAUAUAGGAGGGUUCCAGUGUAAACCUGCAAAACCUCUGCCUCAACACUUGGAGGACUUUGUGCAGAGUUCUGGAGAGCAUGGAGUCAUCCUCAUGUCUCUGGGGACUUUUGUGAGUGAACUACCUGCUGACCUGGCAAAUGAGAUCGCUGCAGCUUUUGCUAAACUUCCUCAGAAAGUCAUCUGGAGGUAUAAAGGCAACAGACCAGACACUGUGGGCAACAACACUUUGAUAGUGGACUGGAUGCCACAGAACGACCUUUUAGGACAUCCUCAAGUAAAACUGUUUGUGGCUCAUGGAGGAACAAACGGAGUCCAAGAAGCUAUUUACCACGGAGUCCCAGUUGUGGGUCUCCCUGUGUUUUUUGACCAAUAUGACAACCUGCUCCGACUAGAGGACAGAGGAGCAGCUAAGAUUCUUACAUUAGCGACAGUGGACAAAGACAACAACUUCCUAAAAGCUAUACAGCAGGUCCUGAAUGAGCCCUCCUACAGGAUGAACAUGCAGAGACUCUCCAGGCUGCACAGAGAUCAGCCAAUAGCGCCGAUGGAUAACGCCCUCUUCUGGAUCGAGUUUGUCAUGAGACACAAAGGUGCAGCUCACCUGAGAACAGAGUCUUACAGACUGCCCUGGUAUUCCUACCACUCUGUAGAUGUAGUUCUGUGUUUACUGGCUGCUGUUGCACUGAUUACUUUUCUGAGUUUUAUGGCUUUCUGGCUGUUAUGUCUUGAGAAAAAGAAAAGAAAAACUAAUGAGGCUAAUAAAAAAUGA